AUGCCUCCUGUUGCAGCAGUGCCCGCCGGUGCACAACAUGGUCCAUCCAACCUUGACAAGUUGAAAAUGGGCGCCAUGAUGGGCGGCACUGUUGGAGUUAUCAUGGGAUUCAUCUUUGGAACGGUUAACAUCUUCCGAUACGGUGCGGGCACACAAGGCGUAAUGAGAACUUUGGGACAAUAUAUGGCCGUGUCUGGAACGACGUUUGGCUUUUUCAUGUCAAUCGGUUCCGUUAUUCGGUCGGAUGCGGAUCCGAAGCUAAACGAGUUGUACAUGCGCGCACAGAGACGACCGAUAGUAAUGAUGGCGAACCCUGCGUGGCGAAGGUCUUGA